AUGGCACGUCAGUUCGCUCGUGACUUUGGACAACUUGGAAUCAAGUGCGAGCCACGCCAAUUUGAAUGGACCGUGCUACAGCAAAAAGCACGCGAUCACUCGUUCGAUGCCAUGAUGGCUGGCUGGGGUUCCGGCGGCGAUCCAUUCUCGACAGAGAACAUUUACGGAACCGGCAAACCUCGGAACUACGGCGAAUACUCGAACGAGCGAGUCGACCAACUGUACGAGCUCGGCCUGCUGGAACUGGAUCCUGAAAAGCGUGCCGAACACUACCGCGAGAUCGCGAAGAUCCUUUACGAAGAACAGCCUUAUACCUGGAUGUACUACCGAGCCGAUCUCUUCGCCUUCAACAAACGCAUGAGCCCUGGCGUAAUGCUGACCUACAUUGCCCGACGCGUCAUUAUCGGGUUCUUUACGAUCCUUGCGGUGACCUGCCUGGUUUACGGACUGAUCCGAAACAUGCCAGGUACGCCGCUGACGCUGAUGGAUGAAAAUCCAGGCGCUCGUCAGCAGUUUGACGAACGGCAACGGGAAGAGCUCGAGAAGCAGUAUCAUCUCGAUAAGCACUGGAUCGUUGGCUACGGAUACUGGCUGGCCAACGUCGCCCAAGGGGACAUGGGUCGCGGCAUCAACUACACCGAUCGCCGGCGUGUGACGACCAUUAUUACGACCCGCUUGCCAAAUACUUUGAUGCUCACGGUCACGUCGCUGAUCUUGACCUACCUGAUGUGCAUACCGAUGGGGCUUUUUUCGACCGCGAAAAACGCCACCACCGGAGAACGGGUCAUGAGCAUCACGCUUUAUGUCCUUUACGCGCUUCCGACAUUCGUGGCGGCCAUUUACCUGAACUUACUGUUUGCCGUGAAACUAGGUUGGCUUCCGCUAAGCGGAAUGACGAGCGAAUACUACAACGAGCUCGGGGCUUUCGGAAAAGCCUGGGACCUUCUCAAGCAUACUUUCCUGCCGAUUACCUGUUUGACCUACGGCUCGCUGGCUUACUAUACCCGCUUCAUCAAAGCCAACAUGCUCGAGACGAUUCAGCAAGAUUACGUCCGCACCGCCAAAGCCAAAGGGGUGGGCCCGAUGAAGGUCCUCGUCAAGCAUGCGUUUCGCAAUUCCUUGAUUCCAUUGCUGACGCUGAUUGGUCUGACGUUGCCGACUUUGCUCGCAGGCUCAGUCAUCCUGGAAUACAUCUAUCAGUGGGAUGGAAUUGGCCAGCUCUUCAUCGAGAAGAUUGGUCAAC